GGAGGUGAAGAGCGGGCGGGACGUAAGGGUCGGCGCCCGUGGUCUAGGCGAGGGGUCGGGGGGUUGGGGAGGGGCGCCUGUUGCUUCUCCACAGGGCCGCGUUCAUCGUCUGCCCCCGUGAGGAGUAGGGAAGCUCGUCUCGCUGAGGGAAGGGCUGCUUCCCGCGCCAGAGGAAGGUGGGAGUCAAUCACUUUGACAAGUCUCCUGGAAGGAACAGCCAGCAGGAGUUGAAACCUUUUCCCAUUUGAUCUCGUGGCAAAGGCAGAGAUUGCUCCAGCAGCUCCACACAAUAUGACGUGUUCACUCUUGCCCUCUGAACAGUCUUCUGGUACCUCUUUUCUGCCUAAAGACAAUGCCUCGUUUUCUUGGGGUUCCUCGGAUGAAGAUGAAUUGGAUGACUCCUUGUUGGAGUUUUCUGAUGGAGAAGAAGAUGAUGGCCAUUUCAGUUUCACAGAGGAAGAGAUUGAGAUGCUCUUGAAGGACGAUGAUGGUGGGCAUAAUGAGUAUAGACCAAGAAAGAGUCAAAUUCUACCUGAUACUCCUCAAGAAAAUUCUUUGUACAGCUUGGGACCAGCAGCUGAGACCCCUGGCUUCCUAAAACUACCUCAACUAAGUACAUCAGUUGGUCAUGGACCAACUCCUAGUCAAUCACUAAACAGACACUUUGUACUUGAAAAGAAUCUUAUAAAAGUAACUGUUGUUGCACCGUUUAAUCCAACAGUUUGUGAUCCUGUGCUUGAUAAAGACAAGAUCGAUUCCUCCAAAGAACCGGAAAACCCCGCCUCCCUUCGGGAACAGACGAGAAAAGAUGAUCUUCAUCCUAAUGAGAGUAAACGUUGCACUGAACCUGAAGGGGUCAGUCCCAGUAACUCUGCUUGGGAUGGGCCCCUGCUUUCUUCUCCUUCAAACAAUAACAUCGAACAAACUGCCUCUGAUAAAAAUAUACCUGAAAGUAAGAAACCUACCCCUGUGUUCUCUCAGAUCCCCAACCAUUCAGAGAUACCCAACAGGAAAAGUAGUGGAUCACAUAAAUCAGGUGGUGAAGUGAGGAUUCCAGUUGUGUCCAGUUCAUCAAACAGACAUGCCUUUGACAAGGAUUCUGGGGAGGCGAAAGGUGAGAGAAGACUAGGCAAAGUCAUUCCUGUUCUACAAACCAGAACCAGGAUGUUUUCACAAUCAGAUCUAGAAAAACAGAAGGACAUUUAUCUCAGCAAAGUCAUUGCUCAUAUAGAAGAUCCAGGGGACUCUAACCAAGGUACCUUGGGAGAGCUCGAUGCCCUGAUGGAUCAAGUUCAUAUGCAGCACCCAGACUGGCAGCAUCCUUCGGAUCUUACCACACGAAACUACGCCCGAUUCCGACAGAGGCCUCUGCAGAGGUACAGUCUGAGUCAGUGGGUUGACAGAAACAAACGGAGCCACCAUCGGUUCCAGCGUCUCCCAGACUUCUCCUACAGUCCAUAUGUCUCAUCCCAUCAACAGUGACAGUUCCUGCCGAGGGUCCCCUCCAGAGCAGCAUCGUAUUUUCCUCUGCUAUUUUUGUUUGUAUAUUUUGUGUUUUAUUUUUCACAGGAUUUUUAUUUAAAGAAUUUGUCACCUUUUGGAAAUGCCCAUUACUGUCUUGAAUUUUUUUUUUUUUUUUUUAAAUGAGAGCCACCUCCUGCCCCUGGUUUGUAUGUCUGUCUGUUGUAUAUGUUUCAGCAAUGUUAAGUAGUGUUUUUCUGUUUGUUCAUUGUUGUUGUUGUUGUUGUUGCUGUUUUUAAAUUUUAAAUGAAGGUAAUUCUCUUUUGAAGGCCUGUAUUAAGUCAGAACAUCCAGGCUUUGAGUAAAAUACCAGCUGUAAGCACAGGCAAAGUCUAUUUGUACUACCCGAAAGAAAUACCUUUCAGUCUACCGUAAGGAAGAGGUUGUUUUGCAAGCUAAGAGCUGGUGUUAUUAUUGUUGACUUGUGAAUAGAUAGAAGUCACUUUUAACGACCCCUCGUUAAAAGUACAUUUGAAAUAGGAUAGAGAAGGAGAAAAGUCCUGUUGAAAGGCUAGAUUAAACAUGUAAAUCCUCUCCUUUCUGUACCUAUUCACUGCCUUUUUAAAAAAUUAUUAUUAGUGGCUUUUUUCACUUUCUGUUAGAUAUAUUUUGUUCAUAAUGUUUGAAAUCUUACACAUCUUAACUGACAGAAGACAGCUGAAUUGUUCAAUACUCUGUGGUCUUGUGACUGGUUGGUUUCUUUUCCUUUUCCCACUCCCAGUGACUAGUUAGUCCUGAAGCUUUACAGUAAGUGUUCUUAUAUCCUGUUAGACUUAGGCAUGCCUUUCAGGGUGCCCUCUGUCUGCUGAAGAAAUAUUACCAGAAUGUUGACUUGUUAGGCCAGCACAAUUGAGAUGUCUAGGACUCUUCAGUUUCUUCUGCAGAGCCCCAAGUUUAUGUGUUGCUGCUAUUCAAGGAACCUUCUUCCUAUGAGAUCCUUUGGAGAGUCACUGUUCUGCCUCUCCUGUUGGUUACAGGUACCCUUACACCCUGGAUGUUAGCGUUGUCGUUGUGACAUUGGUCCAUUGUUUCACGUUAGUGCUUGAGCAUCUAGGGAAAGUACAUUUGAGCCCAUGUACCACAACACCACCAUGUACCGUAUCACCUGCUCUUAAGUAAGGUGUGGUGCUCCAACCAAAGCGCUAGGCUCUGUGUACUGUCUUCAUGGUUGUCCUAGAAGAUCUGUAUUUCUUACAGGCAGCUCUAGAGAUCAUUCUGAGAGGGUUUACAAUAUGACACUCAUGCUGCUGCAGUCACUGUGGAGGUGAUUCAUAGUUGCCUAGCCUCUGUCUCAUAUGUGGCUAACCCACCCUGAAUAGUCUACUCUGCUUCAGAAAAAUGAUCUUUUUGUUCUGUUUUUUGUUUUGUUUUGUUUUGUUUUUGCUUUUUUAAAUAAAGAUUUAUUUAUUAUA